CAGUGAAGCGUCGCGCUCUGGCGCCGGUGCCGCACCGAGGGGUAUGACUACGACCCCUUGCGCGUGCCCGCCCCCACCUCCGCACCUCGCGCCAGCCCGCGCAGCGUGACCGGCAGCCGCCGCAGACCCGGCUCGGGUAGGCGCGGAGCGCGGCGCGCUGAACCGGAGAGGCGGGCCGGCUGCUGCCUUGCGUUCGCCACGCUGUCCUCCCUCCUCCGCUCCCUGCGCCCCACCCCUGGCGGCCGCGCUGCCUGGCAGCCCGGGAAGCCGCGGCACAGCUGCUCGGCGCCUGCAGCUCCGGCUCGGGGGCUGGAACCGAAGCGGGGGCGGCGGGAGCGCGGAGACCACAGCCCCCGGGGAGAGGCGGAGGGGGUCCCUGGCCUGGGCGGAGAGGCUGAGCUGAGUGCGCGUGAGAAAGAGGGCUGCACCGCUGCUCGGCGCGGACUCUGCCAGCCCCAGCUUCAGCCCCGGCUCAGGUCGCCGCAGCCCGGGAGCCUCCCCGCUUGCGCCCCAAGGCACGCGCGGCACAGCCAUGAACACCAACGAUGCCAAGGAGUAUCUGGCCCGGAGGGAAAUCCCUCAGCUUUUUGAGAGCCUUUUGAAUGGACUGAUGUGUUCUAAGCCUGAAGACCCAGUAGAAUACUUGGAGAGUUGUUUACAAAAAGUAAAGGAACUGGGUGGCUGUGACAAGGUGAAAUGGGAUACAUUUGUAAGCCAGGAAAAGAAGACCUUACCUCCACUAAAUGGAGGACAGUCACGGAGAUCCUUUCUAAGAAAUGUAAUGCCUGAAAACUCAAACUUUCCAUAUCGGCGGUAUGACCGGCUCCCUCCAAUCCAUCAAUUCUCCAUAGAAAGUGACACGGAUCUCUCUGAGACUGCAGAGUUGAUUGAGGAGUAUGAGGUUUUUGAUCCUACCAGACCUCGACCAAAAAUCAUUCUCGUUAUAGGUGGUCCAGGAAGUGGAAAGGGUACUCAGAGUUUGAAAAUUGCAGAACGAUAUGGAUUCCAAUACAUUUCUGUGGGAGAAUUAUUAAGAAAGAAGAUCCACAGUACCAGCAGCAAUAGGAAAUGGAGUCUUAUUGCCAAGAUAAUUACAACUGGAGAAUUGGCCCCACAGGAAACAACAAUUACAGAGAUAAAACAAAAAUUGAUGCAAAUACCUGAUGAAGAGGGCAUUGUUAUUGAUGGAUUUCCAAGAGAUGUUGCCCAGGCUCUAUCUUUUGAGGACCAAAUCUGUACCCCAGAUUUGGUGGUAUUCCUGGCUUGUGCUAAUCAGAGACUCAAAGAAAGAUUACUGAAGCGUGCAGAACAGCAGGGCCGACCAGACGACAAUAUAAAAGCUACCCAAAGGAGACUAAUGAACUUCAAGCAGAAUGCUGCUCCAUUGGUUAAAUACUUCCAGGAAAAGGGGCUCAUCAUGACAUUUGAUGCCGACCGCGAUGAGGAUGAGGUGUUCUAUGACAUCAGCAUGGCAGUUGACAACAAGUUAUUUCCAAACAAAGAGGCUGCAGCAGGUUCAAGUGACCUUGAUCCUUCGAUGAUAUUGGACACUGGAGAGAUCAUUGAUACAGGAUCAGAUUAUGAAGAUCAGGGUGAUGACCAGUUAAAUGUAUUUGGAGAGGACACUAUGGGAGGUUUCAUGGAAGAUUUGAGAAAGUGUAAAAUUAUUUUCAUAAUUGGUGGUCCUGGCUCUGGCAAAGGCACACAGUGUGAAAAGCUGGUGGAAAAAUAUGGAUUUACACACCUCUCAACUGGCGAGCUCCUGCGUGAGGAACUGGCAUCAGAAUCUGAAAGAAGCAAAUUGAUCAGAGACAUUAUGGAACGUGGAGACCUGGUGCCCUCAGGCAUCGUUUUGGAGCUCCUGAAGGAGGCCAUGGUGGCCAGCCUCGGGGACACCAGGGGCUUCCUGAUUGACGGCUAUCCUCGGGAGGUGAAGCAAGGGGAAGAGUUCGGACGCAGGAUUGGAGACCCACAGUUGGUGAUCUGUAUGGACUGCUCGGCAGACACCAUGACCAACCGCCUUCUCCAAAGGAGCCGGAGCAGCCUGCCUGUGGACGACACCACCAAGACCAUCGCCAAGCGCCUAGAAGCCUACUACCGAGCGUCCAUCCCUGUGAUCGCCUACUACGAGACAAAAACACAGCUACACAAGAUAAAUGCAGAGGGAACACCAGAGGACGUUUUUCUUCAACUCUGCACAGCUAUUGACUCUAUUUUCUGAAGGCAGAAAUGCAUGUUUGUUAGAAUGGAAACAGAAAAACAUUAAAAAGUUCAUUCCUUAACACGUUUCAAGUUAAACCUUUUGUGUCACCCCCCCCCCCACCCCCCAACCAACCACCACCCCCUAAAUCCUGACAGCACUGUUUGCUUCCCAGCUAGACCUGUGUGAGAGGUGUCUGGAAAUCAUGCAUGGUGUAUUUGGGACUAUCAACCUAUUUUCCACACUUCAGACAACUGUCUGCACUCACAGCACGCACACUUUGUAUCAUGCAGGCCACUCUCAGAGCUAGUCAGUACAUGAACAGUGGUGCAGUGCCAGUCUGUGUCCAUUGUGAUCACAGGCCUUGCUAGACCCUGAUCAUCUGGUUCUCCUCUCAUUAAGCAUCCCUAACUCCCAGUCACACCUUCCUCUCCCCAAGAUUUACAUACUGUUCCCCAAUGGAGGCCCCUGGCAUAGGGGACAGCCCUGGGCAUCUUCCUUUGGUGUCUGGCUGUUUUGUCAACUCUCAUCCGCUGGUGGCUCAGAGCCAUAAGGUGGGUUGAUUACACAAUGCCUUGUACAUGAUAUAGAGGCAUCAAGCAAGUAAAAUUUGACAGAAAUUUAAAAAUAUGAAGAUGUAUAGCUUUUCCAAGAUGGUAAAACCCAGGUUAGUCAUCAGUAACAGUCUCUAUUAUUAUUUUUUAGAAACUUGGAAUACUGUCAUUAUGGCUAAGAGAACAAAUCUGAUAAAUUGUGUAACCUAGUCUCUUCUCUACAUGGUGAUGCAUUUCAGCAAUUAUAAAUUAAUAUAAAUGACCAAAAGUAACUUAAAAGCAUGAGAUAUUUGCUAUUUCAUUCAUUGGGCACAUAUCAAAUUAUAAUUUUGAUUUUAAAUGGUCACCCAUGUAUUUGUUGCCAAGCAAGUAAAAAAUACCAUAACAAACCUGAUGUGGGUGGGAGGGGCAUGUCAGUAAGUGGUGUGUUCAAUGUGUUUGUUUCAUAUGGGCCCUUUCCAGGAGUUUGCAAACCUUGUCAUACCCAUAUGCAAAAUUGUGUUUCCUUGCAUUAAAUCAGUGAAGUUUGGGUUCUCUUUUGUGCUAUCAGUUGUAAAAUCAGAGCUUCUUAUAUAUUCUACUGGAAUAACUGCAUCUUCCACUCAGUCACUACAAAAAAGCAUAGUUUCAGUUUGCAUGAAUUUUUUUUUUUCUUCUUCAAUGGUUGUGCAGAUAAGGAUCCAUUUCUGGGAUAGAAUUGUAUUUUUUAAGUCUUUUUUUUUUCUUGAAAUGGAUAUGUACAAAUAAAAUAAAUGGAAGACAGGA